AUGUCUGAGUACAUUGUUGUUACUGGUGGAGCUGGCUAUAUCGGGUCUCACACUGUGGUUGAGCUCAUUCAACAUGGAUACAAGGUGAUUAUUGUGGAUAACUUGGUAAAUUCCAGUUACGAUGCUGUGGCUAGAAUUGAAUAUAUCGUCAAGCAACCAAUUCCUUUCUUCAAUGUUGACCUCCAGAACUACGACGAGCUUCUCAAGGUGUUCCAGUCAUACAACAUCAAAGGUGUGAUCCAUUUUGCUGCUCUCAAAGCCGUAGGUGAGUCGACUCAAAUACCUUUGGAGUACUAUGAAAAUAACGUUGGAGGAACAAUGUCCUUGCUUAAAGUGAUGAAGAAGGUUGGAGUCAAGACAAUUGUUUUCAGUUCCUCGGCCACCGUCUACGGAGAUGCUACGAGGUUUGAAAAUAUGAUUCCUAUUCCUGAACAUUGUCCCAAUGAUCCAACCAACCCAUAUGGAAAGACAAAAUAUAUGAUUGAAAAUAUCUUGAAGGACAUGCAAACAGCCGAUAGUAGCUGGAGAACUGCAAUCUUGAGGUACUUUAACCCAAUUGGGGCUCAUCCCUCAGGGCUUAUUGGUGAAGAUCCAUUGGGAAUUCCAAAUAAUCUCUUGCCAUACUUGGCCCAGGUUGCAAUUGGCAGAAGAGAAAAGCUUUCUGUUUUUGGAAACGAUUACAAGAGCCACGAUGGUACGCCGAUCAGAGACUACAUUCAUGUGGUUGACUUGGCUAAGGGACACAUUGCUGCGUUGAACUACAUGCAACAAAUCGAAGAAUCAAAAGGUCUUUAUAGAGAAUGGAACUUGGGAACCGGUAAAGGUUCUACGGUUUUUGACGUUUACAAUGCUUUUUGCAAGGCUGUGGGUCGUCAAUUGCCCUACGAGGUUGUGGGAAGAAGAGCUGGUGACGUUGUGGAUUUGACUGCAAAUCCAACCAGGGCCAAUACUGAACUUAAAUGGAAAGCCGAAUUAUCUAUCGAAGACUCUUGUCGAGACUUGUGGCGCUGGACUACAGAGAACCCUUUUGGUUUCCAGAACGACUCCUACAAGUGGUCGUUGUUCCAGGCAAAGAACGACACCUCGUACCUCAGUCGUUUGCAUACUGUGAAAUUUUCUGAGACAGACUUCGAAGUCUCGAUUGCGAAUUACGGUGCCUUGAUUCAAGAUAUCAAGAAAAAAGGUCAGCCUUUUGUCCAAGGUUUCCCUUCGCUUGAUGGCUACAAACACCCGGAUAACCCAUUUUUUGGCACUAGUGUCGGCAGAGUUGCCAACAGAAUAUCCAACGCUAGCUUUUCCAUUGACGGGAAGUCUUAUUCGUUGACGAAAAACGAAAAUGGUGCUACUUGUUUGCACGGAGGUAACAAUGGUUUCGACAAAAACUACUUUUUAGGGCCUGUUGUGAAGAAUGUCAAAGGCAAAGAUGGACAAGCAGCAACUACCCUAGACUUCGUUUAUGUCGAUAAAGAUGGAAAUGAUGGGUUUCCCGCAGACUUGGUGACUUAUGUCAAAUAUACCAUUGACAAAGAUUCUGUCAGUGUCGAGUUUGAAGCUUCAAUUGCAGAGGAUUCGAAAGCUGAUGCUACCCCUGUUCACUUGACCAACCAUUCCUACUUCAAUGUGACCAAUGGUCCAACUAUUAAUGGAACAACCGUCAAAGCCAUCACCAACAAGUACUUGGAAGUGGAUGAUAAGUACUAUAUUCCUACAGGAAAAGUAGCUGAGUUCCCUAAGGAAUUGAUAACUGGCUUGCAACUUGGCGAGUCUUCUUCCUUUGACAAUUGCUUGGUGGUAGACCAAUCAAACUGGAAGUUGGAUACGAGAAACGAACCAUUACGUCCUAUCUUUGAAGCCAGCCACGAAAAUAGCAAAGCUGCUAUCAAGUUCUAUUCUACAGAUCCUGCUUUCCAGUUUUACACCGGCGAUGGAGUGAGCCUUGAAGGUUACGAAAAAAGAUGUGGAUUCUGUAUCGAGCCAGGAAGAUUCACCGAUGCUGUGAACAAUGCGGAAUGGGCCAAGCAAGUUGUUUUGCGGAAAGGAGAAGUCUACGGCUCCAAGUUGAAGUACUCGUUUGUAUAA